AAACUUCUUUCCCUUUUCUCCAUUCCUUUUCCGGAACUUUACUGAUUACCGUUUAUUUGCUCACUUUUGAUUUGAAUAUAGUUAGAGAGAGAGAGAGAGAGGGGAGGGGGAGCGGUAGUGAAGUAACCGAGUUGCAUCUCGUGACUCGCCAAAUCGCUUCUCUUUGCUUCAAAUUUCUCAUUUGUCGCUGAAACUUAGGGUUUCCAGAAACCGAGCAAAAUUUACUUGUUAAAAAUGGGGAAAGAGAUGGCAUCAGAUGGCGAUUCGACUACCACAGAGUCAACUAACAAAGGUUUUGGAACUCCCAGACUCUUUAUUAAGGAAAUGGUGAUGAGAAAUUUCAAAUCUUAUGCUGGUGAACAACGUGUUGGUCCUUUUCACAAGAGUUUUUCAGCUGUUGUAGGUCCAAAUGGAAGUGGCAAGAGUAAUGUUAUUGAUGCUAUGCUCUUUGUGUUCGGAAAGAGAGCAAAACAGAUGAGACUCAACAAAGUUUCCGAGCUCAUUCAUAACUCCACGAAUCAUCAAAAUGUAGACAGUGCUGCCGUGUCAGUCCAUUUUCAAGAGAUUAUUGAUCUGGAGGACGGAGAAUAUGAAGUUGCUCCCGGCAGUGAGUUUAUUAUUACUAGGGUUGCAUUUCGGGACAACUCUUCCAAGUAUUACAUUAACAAUAAAGCUAGUAACUUCACUGAAGUUACCUCAAAAUUGAAGGCCAAAGGAGUGGAUUUGGAUAAUAAUCGUUUUUUGAUCCUUCAGGGUGAGGUUGAACAAAUUUCUUUGAUGAAGCCCAAAUCCCAAGGACCUCAUGAUGAAGGUUUUCUUGAAUACCUUGAGGAUAUAAUAGGGACUGACAAAUACGUGGAGAAGAUUGAGGAAGCUUUUAAGCAGUUAGAAACUUUAAACGAGAAGAGGUCUGGAGUUGUGCAGAUGGUUAAGUUGUCAGAGAAAGAAAGGGACAGCUUAGAGGAUGUGAAGAAUGAAGCAGAGGCUUAUAUGCUGAAGGAACUAUCACUGCUGAAAUGGCAAGAGAAAGCUACAAAACUUGCCGCUGAAGAGAACAAUGCAAAAAUGGAAGAACUACAAAACAACUUAUUAAGCCUGGAAGACAGUAUGAAGUCUAAAAGAGAAGAGAUUCAGGGAAAUAGAACUACUUUGAAGGAUCUUGAAAGUUCACACAAUAAGAAUCUUAAGCGACAAGAGGAACUUGAAAAUGAUCUUAGAGCUUGUAAAGAGGAGUUUAAGGAGUUUGAGAGGCAAGAUGUUAAAUAUCGUGAAGACUUUAAGCACAUGAAGCAAAAGAUCAAGAAGCUUGAAGAUAAAAUUGAGAAGGACUCAUCAAAGAUCAAUGACUUCACAAAGGAGUGUGAGAAUGCCACACAAUCAAUUCCAAAAUUGGAGGGAGAUAUUCCUGUAAUGCAGAAGCGCCUAGUGGAAGAGGAGAAAGUUUUAGAAGAAAUAAAGGAAAAAUCUAGAGGUGAAACUGAGAUAUACCGUUCUGACUUGGCCAAUGUUCGUGCUGAGUUGGAACCUUGGGAGAGCCAACUCAUGGAUCAUAAGGGAAAACUUGAAGUUGCAUCUACAGAGCAAAAACUUUUAAGUGAAAAGCAUGAAGGAGCACGUAAAGCUUUUGAGAAUGCACAAAAGCAACUGGAAGACAUGAGUGAAAUGAUAAGAUCAAAAAGUAUUGACAUCACGAACAUUCAAAGUGACUUGCAAAAAAAAAAGUUAGAGGCCGCUAAAGCCCGUCAAGUGGAGCAAGAAUGCAUUACUGAACAAGAAUCUCUUGUGCCUCUUGAACAAGUUGCGAGGCAAAAGGUUGCUGAGCUCGUAUCUGUUAUGGAAUCUGAGAGGAACCAAGGAUCUGUUCUGAAAGAGAUUUUGCGGGCCAAGGAAGCAAAUCAAAUCAAGGGAAUUCAUGGGCGAAUGGGCGAUUUGGGUGCUAUUGAUGCUAAAUAUGAUGUUGCAAUAUCAACAGCAUGCCCUGGACUUGAUUAUAUUCUUGUUGAGACCGCUGAAGCAGCACAACAAUGUGUAGACUUGCUACGUGCCAAAAACCUUGGUGUUGCAACUUUCAUGAUACUGGAAAAACAAGAGAGACACAGUGAUCAGUUAAAGAGAAAAGUAGUUCCCCCAGAAGGGGUUCCUAGGCUUUUUGACUUGAUUAAAGUCAAAGAUAACCGAUUAAAACUCGCAUUCUACGAGUUAAUGAGGAACACUGUUGUGGCAAAGGACCUUGAGCAGGCGUCUCGUAUAGCAUAUGGUCAGAACAAAGAUUUCAGACGAGUGGUUACAUUGGAAGGUGCUCUAUUUGAAAAAUCUGGGACUAUGAGUGGUGGUGGAGGUAAACCACGUGGAGGAAAAAUGGGAACGUCUAUUCGUGCUGACACUGUUUCUAGGGAAGCUGUCGCUGAUGCAGAAAAGGAACUUUCGACAUUGGUUGAUAAAUUAAAUGCAAUCCGGAGAAGAAUGGCUGAUUCUAUCCAGAGUUACCAGUCUUUGGACAAAGCUAUCCAACACUUGGAAUUGGAAUUAGCAAAAUCUCAAAAAGAGAUUGAUAGUCUGAACACAGAAAGGGAUUAUCUUAAGAAGCAACUUAACUCUCUAAAGUCUGCGGCACAACCAAGGAAGGAAGAGGUCGCCAGGCUUGCGGAACUCCAGAAGAUAAUAUUUACAGAAGAGAAGGAGAUUGCCCAGCUUACACAUGGUUCUCAGAAAUUGAAGGAUAAGGCAGCCGAGCUUCAGCUUAAGAUAGAGAAUGCUGGAGGUGAAAGACUAAGAAGCCAGAAGGCAAAAGUUGACAAGAUUCAGUCUGAUAUUGACAAAUGCGGGACAGACAUUAACCGGCACAAAGUUCAAAUAGAAACUGGUGAAAAAAUGAUUAAAAAGUUGCUUAAAGGGAUUGAAGAUUCGAAGAAGGAAAAGGAAUUGCUUCAACAAGAGAAGGAGAAGAUGAAUUCAACAUUCAAAGUAAUAGAACAGAAGGCUUUUGCUGUGCAAGAGAAUUACAAAAAGACACAGCAGCUAAUUGAUGAACACAAAGAAGUUUUGGAUAAAGCAAAAUCUGACUAUGAGAGCUUGAAGAGAAAGAUGGAUGAAAUGCGGGCAAUUGAGGUUGAUGCUGAUUUCAAACUCAAAGACAUGAAGAAAAUUUACAAAGAGAUGGAAGUGAAGGGGAGGGUAUACAGCAAAAAGCUUGAUGAUUUGCAAAAUGCUAGCAUGAAACAUUUGGAGCAAAUUGCAAAAGAUUCUGUGGACCAGGAAAAGCUUCAGGCAACCUUGGCAGAUGAGAGUCUUACCCUGGAUUGUGACCUCAAGAGGGCCAUGGAGAUGGUAGCUUUGCUGGAAGCACAACUGAGAGAACUGAAUCCCAAUCUUGAUUCAAUCUCCGAAUAUCGUAAAAAGGUUGCAUCAUACAAUGAACGGGUCGAUGAACUUCAUGAAGUUACCCAAGAGCGUGAUGACAUAAAGAAGCAGUAUGAUGAAUGGAGAAAGAAAAGGUUAGACGAGUUCAUGGCUGGAUUUAAUACCAUAUCUCUAAAAUUGAAGGAAAUGUAUCAGAUGAUUACACUUGGUGGAGAUGCAGAGCUAGAAUUGGUGGAUUCUUUGGAUCCGUUCUCUGAAGGAGUUGUUUUCAGUGUGAGACCGCCGAAAAAGAGCUGGAAAAAUAUUGCAAAUCUUUCAGGUGGUGAAAAGACUCUCAGCUCUUUGGCGCUUGUUUUUGCGCUUCAUCACUAUAAACCAACUCCACUCUAUGUGAUGGAUGAGAUUGAUGCUGCACUUGAUUUCAAGAAUGUAUCAAUCGUGGGGCAUUACGUAAAGGAUCAAACCAAAAAUGCGCAAUUUGUUAUUAUAAGCCUUAGAAACAACAUGUUUGAGUUGGCUGACAGGCUUGUUGGUAUUUAUAAGACUGAUAAUUGCACGAAAAGCAUAACCAUCAAUCCUGGUAGUUUUGUGGUUAGUCAAGAGGCUGCUUGAGUAGGGAUUGAACCAGAACUUGCUUCUUCAAAUCAAUGAUUAUUUCUUUGCUUUAGUUCAGAAACUCGAUGAAUUAUUGAGUUCCGCUUACAUGUGUCAUGUAAAUUGGUAUACAUAUUCUUGUAAAUUGUAAUUUGUAAGUUAUAUUUUGAAUACUUUAAUGAAUGGCUAUUGUCUAUUUAGGGCUGC